AUGUGCACCACAAACAUCUACACAUACGUCCACCCUGACGGACGUCGCGAGCAAUACUCUCAACCCACUCUUUGCUCAAACUCUCGCCAUGGUCAGGUCUGCUCUGCAAACUUUCUCUUUGAGCACCCUCACCAAUACGUUUCUGCUUAUGAUGCUUCUGCUUCAUACCCUUAUGCCUCACAACUGCCUCCUACUCCCCAGCCCUCGACACCUUCGGGAUCAUACCGCUCGGGAGACGAGUCAGACCGUUCCUACUCCAGCUCCAACAGCAAGAAGGACCGUUCUUCAGGAGUUUACAUCAACGGCCAAAAGGUCCUCGACCUGAACCACAAGCAUCGAGGAUCUCGACACCGGCAGGAGCGCAUUGUCUUGGUUGACAGCCCUCGCACUCCUCCUCAACAAUGGUCCGCCCCUCACACUGCUCCCACUUCACCCAACGCAAACACCUACAUGGUCGACUCUUCAAGGGACCCCUACAACCGAAAGCCUGUCAUUGUCGAUGAGCGAACUCUCCAGCCUGAGCGCCGUUUCCAAAUCGAAGUCGUCGACAACCACCACCGCUCCAAGCACCACCGUCACAACUCCAAGGAGAGCCGCCACUCCAACGAAGACGAUGAGCGCCGCCGUCGCCGAGAGGAUAAGCGACAGCAAGAGAAGGAGAAGCUUCUCCAGAAGCGCAUCGCCGAAGCCAACAAAGCCAUUAACGAACGCCCCGUUGCCCUUGCUCCUUCUGCUCCCAGACGCUCAUCCACCUACAAGCGUCCCUCAGUCGAGAUCCCUGUUGAUCAGCUGAGACGCCUGAGCUUUGAGGAGGAGCGCCGUGACGACAAGGCUCGUCGCAUUGCCCGCCGCGAGGAGAAGAAGGAAGAGGAAGCACAGCGCGAGCGUCUUCGUGAGCGCAUGCAACCCAAGCGACGCCUUACAAUCGGAUCUGGAAGCAGACGACCAACAGAAAUCUACGAGCCAGUGUACCGCUAUGAAUAA